UUUUAUUUGCGCCAUUUUGGAUAGGGCAGUUUCUAGGCUGGAUGUGUAUUGUCUGUCAGUGAAGAGAAUAGGUAAAGCGUUAUCGGCUGCUAAGCAAUAAUAGAAGGACCACAGGCAGUUUAUUGAAAUAGUGAUCACGCCGACAGCUGUCUUCAACAAGAGGACAGAGGUCUGUCCCCCACACGACUAGGAAAUGGACAAUUUAAUUGUCUAAUGAGUGGCGGAGGCUUUCUGUUCCCGUUUGCCGACCACUGGGAAGAAGACAGCCCGUGUCGGCGAGGGGGAGUUCGGUGUGGAGAGACCGACGGCCGGCUGGCGGGUCCCAACGUUGCCUAACGACGCUAGCUGUCACCUGAGAGGAUAAAGACCGUGAUAUCUGCUGGAAGGGAAAGUGUCCGUACAUCGCCUCUGUCAUCCUGAAGUGACACAUUUCACUCAGACGGGAGCGCUGGAUGUGAAAGCAGGUAAACUCGCCUGUCAUACGGCAGGACUGAACCUCAAAGCAGAUAGUUUGCUGUUAGCUGCGGCUACCUGCGGGAUGCGAUGGGUGGUGGUGGUGGUGAAGUACAUAUGAGAUAACUUAUUUCCACAAGUCAGGAGCGUUUUAUGUGUCCUGGCGUUGAUUGACCGAUCUCUGAGCUAUUACAAUAGCAUGUGUUUUGUGUUCAAGCAACAAAAUCAAUUGUAGUGUUAGUUUUCGGACAACCCAUGUUGUGGGUGCGAGUUAGCUAGCUUAGCAUGCUAACUUAGCGCGCUGUGUCCCCAUUCUUUGUCAUCGGCAGCAGCUCCCUGCCAAAGCUUUCCAUGUAGAUACUGCCAGAUGUUGACCAGAAAUUAGAUCCACCACACCGCACAGUUUGUCUGUGCCGUGUGGGAGCUCAAACCUCAGUCUCAGGGAGUAAACAUUAAAAAUGCUGUGAAUAUUGAAAGCGCAUCUACAUUACUGUACUGUACUCGACAGUACUGUUUGUUUUGAGGGACUCGUGCUUCAAACUCAUCAGCAAAUACAUGCUUUCUCUAGGUUAUUCCUUUAACCUUUACUGUAAUUGGUAAUUUUCUUCAAAUAACUAAGUCCAAGUUAAACUGAAUCUCAUCUCCUGGAUGACAGUGGUCUUGAUUUGAGGUUAGAAUCGUAUCGAAACUCAUGAUAUUCACGAUUAUGACACGAUGCAGCAGUUCUGCCAGAACGAAUUGGUUGUUUCAAUAUCGUUAGAUGAUGUGAUUUUGGUGAACUAUCUAUAACAAAAUGCCUGAAAGGUUAACAGCAAGAAAAGUGUUUGAAGUGCCACUGUCAGUAGACAUUAAACAGUGACUUGGGGAGUAAUAUUGAAAGAUAAAUCUGUUUAGAGUGCUUUACUAUUUUCAGAUUGAUAGAUCUGAACACACGAGGCCAGGGAUAAGAUAACUGUACUGCACAAGUCUUGACUAUUAACCGUUUGUUCCAACCCUAGUUGUGAGGCACUCUUCCUUAGUGAGUGGUCCAAGGGCUUUCAGCUAGUCAGUCUUCACCAAGUGUGUAAUCAGGGUCAUCACUAUCAGCCAUAGACACAUUGACACCUCACAUAUAGACAGCCCUCUUCUUCAUGCUCAGAGCCACAGACCGGUGUUGACUCUCCUGAAACAAACAACCUUAGUGGGUUUUUUGCCUUUCAAACUUUUUAGUUCAGAUGUCAUCUGAAGGUUUUACCCAUGGGAGAUAACUAUAUGUUGAAGGAAAAGUGUAAAUGCGUUAUUGAAAUAGACCAUGUGUGAUGAUGAUGUUUCAGUGGAAAGCUCAUAAGGCAAUAUGUGGUUAAAGGUUCGCAGGCCUCUUGUUUUUUCUCUUUUUUUUCACAGCACAUUUGAAGGGGCAAGCUUGUGUUCUGCCAGCAGCCCUCAGCAGAGCAGCCUCCUAUUGCCUUUCCUAUCCCUUCUCUCCCUCCCUUCUCUCCUACUCAGCCUCUCCUUGGCUUUUUUUUCUCUCUCCUUUUCUUCCACCACCCCCUCCCCUACGCGCCUCUCCAUCGCCCCCCUUUCUCUCACCCUCUUCCAUUUUCUCUCUCCCCCUCCUUCUUCCCUCACCCAGCCACCCUCCCUCUCUCCCUCCCUCCCCUCCACUCCUCUACACUCCUCUAAGCCUGCCCGUCCGACCUCCCUCUCUUCCUCCCCCAUCCCCUCACCCCCCCCCCUCCCCUCCCCCCUCCACUUCCGUCGCUCGCGCUCUCCUCCUCUACUCUGCCCUCGCUGUUUUCCUCUCAUCUCUCCCCUCACACUCCCUCCUCUAUCUUUCCUCCCUCGCUCCCCUCCCCUCUCUCACCCUUCCUCCUGGCUCCCUCACCCACCCGCCCCACACUCCCCCACACCUCACACUCACCCACCCGCCCCCUUCGCUGAACUCUCGUGCUCCCUCUGUCCCUCCCCUUCCAACAUGCCUCCCUCCCUCACCCCUCGCCUCCCUUCCUCCCCUUCUCUUCCCUCCUCCUCCACUGCAGACAUAUUGUAGAGGCUACUGCUGACUCAAUAGGAGGCGCCAUUCUGUGAUGGUAUUGCGAGGCAGGGAGAAAAAGGGGGCAGGCAGAGUAUAGGGAGGCUUACAUAAUGGUGCUGCUCUCUAGCGCCAUCCAUGAGUAAUGAGGGGAAGCAGGAAGGAAAGACAGAGAGGAAGUGGGAAGGGUGUAUGUCCAGCAUAAUCCCUGACUGUUGCCAGAAAGACUGCAGAUGUGUGAGACAAAGAGACAGACAGGUGCGUUGACAGAAUCGUCCCGUAAUUUUUCUAACUCCUCAUCAGAUCAGCAGUCUGUUGGACAGUGUAUGUACAAAGUUCUUCAACUCUCUUCUGUGUCGUCUUUGAAGGAAAUAUACUGAGUUGAUCACGCAAGCUGUUUGGGACCAUGGUGUUUGUUGUGACUGAGCUGUCUGUAUGUCAUCAUGCGUCAGUGACCUUUGACCUCACCAUAUUGAUCUCUGAUUUGAAUGGAGACCUAUGGCCAGCUGCUUUGGACUAGAGCUCAGUGAUGCUUUGCAUCAGCGUUAACAAAUAUAUGCACAUGUGCAACAAUAAUUGUCUUACCAAUCAAGUUCAACAUGACACGCUUCACCCUCACCUUCAGCUGAAAUGUUCUGAAGGUUUGCCUCAUCCGUGUUACAGAUACAGGACAAUUUGAAGUAAUCAAAGUACAUCGUGAACUGAGAGUCUGCAUUCAAGGUCUGGGUAUUACCUGUCUGUGAACACAUAUGGAUGGAUGAGGAAGGUGUAAAUUUAAUAAAGGCAAGUAAUUAUAAUCUUGACAUCAGUGACACCUUAUUCUGGUGCUGUUCAAGUCAGUGGCCACACACUUGAACCAUUCAUACAGACACUUAUCUUUACAUGACAUUCUUCUGGUGUUGUGUGACUCCCAGACUGUAAAAGACAGUAAAUCCUGUUUCUGAUCAAGUAGUCACAGGUGGGCUUGUAAUUGGGUGAAACGAUUUUGCUUUGGUACUGUUCCCAGUUCUCAAGUCUUGGUGUGGUAAAUUUUCAGUACAGUAAGGUAGACCAGCACAAUGUGUACAUUUUUUUCCCUUCAUCUUGUAUUUAAAGCAUACAAGCUAAAAAGUUUUGGCUGUAGAUUUCUUUUAUUAGAUUUUUACAUAAAACAAUAAAAAUUACUAAUACAGAAAAACAAAAUAGAAUAUAGGAUAAUCCAGAAUCCAAAAAAAAAAUUCAGGCAGAUUCCCAGUUUGGUGAGUAAUAUCAGAGGGCUUUUUUUGGCUUAAUGGGCAAAUAUUACAGCUACUUCUUCUCUGGCUCUUCUGCUGUCUGCAUCUCUGACCUCCACAGGGAUGGGCUGGCAAACACACACACAAACUUAGACACAGGAACGCAACUUCCCACUGUUAACUACACUUGACACGAGCCACUGUGCUGAAAUUGUUUUUUAGGAUCAAGACUUGAUGGCAGCAUGAUGACCAGCUAAUGGCUUGUCUUAGUUUUAUUGUCCAUGGCACAGCAAGUGGUCUGAUAUGUAUUUAGUUCUGAAGAGAUGACACUGUCUACGCUGAGUUAACAAGCAGGCUAUCCAUAUGUUCUGCCCUUCCUAUCCCCACUGUAAUAGACACAUAUGAUGGUGAUGAUCAGAUAACCACUGUAAGAGUUCACAAUAACUAAUGAUGCAGUAUUAUAAAUGUUAUGAAUGCUGUGUGGUGAGCUCCAAUUUAUUAGUCCAGAGGAGGACCUGAGAUUUGAAUUACCUUUAGGUCUUUGCUAAAACUAUUAUGAUGCACAUCUGCGCCGAAAGUGGCUUACUGUAGCAGUACAGCACAACAUUGAGUCCAUCCACAGUCACAGGCCUGGUCUGAGUCUUUUAGUAGAAAAUUCAUAUCUAACCUUGAAACGCAUAUCCUUGAUUUAUCUGCACCUGUUGUUUAUAUCCAUCUCUUACUUGAAUUUGGAAAGUCAGUCCAUCCACAGCCCUGAUAGUCAGAUUUAGCAUCCAUGUAACUAUAGUUGUAAAUGUAGAUAACACACAUUUAUGUAAAUAAACAAUUGUAGCACAGCUUGUGAUGUACAUUAAAAUGUAUUUUACUAAAACAUCUGGCCUUCUGGACUCAUUGAUGCUGGUGUCUGAGUUUACCAGAAAAAUAGUGCCAGAGAUCAAAGAUAUUGAACUGGGCUCAGCUUUAGAAAUUAAGCAUCAUUUAAUGCAUUUAACUAUCUCUGAGACCAGGGUUGCUGGAGUGUUUUUAUUGUCUCGGUAUACCUAAGACAGCAAUCCCCCACAGUGCAGCCCCCUGUGAUGUUUUAAUGCAGGGCUGGUUUUUGCCCCAAUCCUCACUAAAAGCAUGGGCAUAGACUAGAUAAUCUAUCAGGGAGCAACUUCAUCCCUUUUAGUCUCAUAACUCCUCAGACAGAUGUGACAGUUACCUGUUGUCAGAUUUGUUUUGGGGGCUGAAUAAAACCAUUAUAACCUCUUACUCGUCAAACAUCCUUGUCUUGAUGCCAAAAAAUCCCAUUACCGUCAAAGGAAGCUCAAACUAUCUGUGGAGUGUGUUUCUUACUUAAAAAGGGUUUGAUCCAGAUUUUCUUUCAGGUGUCAAAUGCAUUAGACUCUGAGAACAAGAACUACACUGAUGUGAACAUCCACACUGAUGAUCAGUUAGGGUCUGUACAGUUAUUAUGCCAGGUACUUGCUGCGUGCUCCAGCUGUGUUUGCUGCUUAAUUGUCUUCUCACCUCCAUUAUUAUUAAUAACUAAACACUUACAACCAAUUGUUAAAGUAAGCCUUAUUGCAGCCAAGCUGUUCCUUUUCUUGGUUUGUAAGUUCUAUUCAUUUUAUCAAGCAGUGAUUUUACCUCAAUGAUGAGUUAUAUGUCAGCUGGCCUGUUUGUUUGAAUGUGUAAACAUGUAAAUUUGAGUGACUUUAGAUGUGAGGUGUAAGUGUUUCCAUCAUUCAUCAAAACAUUAAAGUGACCCUGACAGAGGUAUUAUUCACAACUGACCAUUCUUAAAGAUGAUGCUGCUGCAUCAUUAUGCACUUUAUAAAGAGACUUUCUUCAUAUUGUUGAUGUGACGUUAUCAUUGCAUCCUUGUUUUUCAUAACAGGUGAGUUGGAGUCAAGUACAGCAAACCGAGGUGCAGUUCAGUUAACAGACAGCUGUCCAAAUAUACCCUGCUUCUGUUGAUAACAUGCUGUAUAUGUCUUUCUUUUCAAUCCAGGUGGACAGGAUGUUCCAGCUCCCUGUCAAUAACUUGGGCAGUCUGCGGAAAGCAAGAAAAAAUGUUAAAAAGGUCCUUGGAGACAUUGGCUUGGAGUUCUGUAGAGAUCACCUAGAGGUGAGCGUGCUCAGACAACUCAACUUUUUUCAUGAUAAGUUUGCAUGGAAAAUGGGUUCUGUAUUCCUGGGCUCAGAGUUUCCAUUAGUUAUCUGUACAUAACUGUGUGAAAUGCCCUCAACAGCAUUAUAUCACUCCUCAGUUUAGGGUUGAAAAAGGUCUCUUUUGGGUGACCUGUAGCUCCAGUGUACACAUAGGACAUUUUCUAGUUUAAUUAUCAGAUCAGUUAAGGGAAUGGGAUUGCCCUUGCCUUUGGCUCACACUGAGAAGUAAUGGAGCAGCAGCAGGGUGCCUGGCAGUGCUGCAUAAAUGUGGAGGAUUUAUAACAUAGUCUAUAAACUGUUGCUUGUACUAUAAUGUGAUUACACUCUUUGACACCAUAUCUUUAUUUUAGCAGAUUUCUUUUUUUUUUUUUUUUUUACAUGAUGAUUGCCAAGGCUUGAAAUCACAAACAGAUUUGGUGAAUUUAGUGUCUUCAUUUUUUUUAAGGUCACAUAUCAAACAGGUUUGAACUUUGUCUGAACCUGCGGUUUUGGUGUGCCAGAGAUUCACAGCGAUUUGAAAUACUCAGAAAUGCAAUUUUGCUCUUAUGUUUCUCAUGAUAUGUCCUGUAGCUUCAGAAAAAUGCCACAUGAACAUGUAGACAACAAGAAAAACAUGAUUUUCAUUGGAGUGGGUCAUUAAGUGAGGCACUUUAUGUCUUUUGUUUGGUAAGUCAAACAAAAGAGCCCGAGUCUAAGUUUGUGCAGGUCUAAAAAUUUGUAGCCUGCUGUUAGCAAGGACACCUUUUAGUGUCCAUUUAUGAACAUGUCUCAUUGGAUCACAAGAUUGUGUGUAUAGAUCUUGAACUGUUUUCCCAUCCAGUCUGUAUGCCAUUGCCUUGGUUUGUUAACGCCCUGUGACCCGAACAAAUACUGGUAAAAUAAUCACACUUUCCUCCUCUUGAAUCUGUUUAGUGAGUACUGUAGAGUGAGUUUGACCUGGCCUUGUCAGAGCAGUGCUCAUAGACUGUGGCAGGUUAGUCCACUUAAUAGAACAUUCGGGCUGAAUGAGUUUAGAAGUUAUUAGGUGGAAUAACCUUUUUUUGACCUAUAUCAGGAUUGCAGUUGAAUACUCCCAUAAAAUCUGUUUAAAUCUGGUAUCUUUAAGUUGUGUGACAUCAGGCUCCCAGCAUUACACACAGACUUUUGCUUUCACUCUCAAACACCGACACACACUCUCUCUCUCCCUCCUAAUCUCUGUUCAUUACACACACGCAUACAAACACACAAGAUAGUAACUUACCAGUGACAAUAUGUAAUCUUUGCCCAAAUCCUGCAGCCUGGUGCAUUAAGCUGUGCUGCCAUCACCAUAUUUGAAACAUGUGAGUAGUGGUAGCAAAGACUUUGCUGUUUUCAGUUCUGCUAAUUUCCCCUUGCCAUUUACAAAGUUACACUUUCAAACACUUUGGCGAGUGAUCCCUGUCAGAUGGUAGUUGGCUAACUUGGCACAUUGAUGGUCAGCGUUUUUGUCGUGCAACUGCCACCCAGUUCUGUGGCGGUGUUUUUUUUUUUUUUUCGAAGUAGGUGGUGCAGCCCUGUCAGGCAGACUCUACACAGUACCUGGUGCCACAGUGCCAGCUUCUGUCAGGCCGGCGGCCAUCAUACGGAGUGCUGAAGUGUUUCACCCUCAGAUGUAGCUUUCUCUUUUGGCUGACUUCUCUCUUCUUGCAUGUGUGUCGUGUGAGCAGGUUAAUUACAGCAUUUGCAGUAAAAAAAAUAAAGUUAAUGGUACAGCCCGUCUUCACGCUGUUAGCCAAGUCAGCCAAGCUCAUGCAGUGUCUCUGUCUUUGAGUAGCAAACAAAAAGCAGAGAGGAUCCUUCAGACCUGGAGGGUCCUCUGGUGGCAUUUAGAACCACAUUAUGGGUGUAUCAAUGUUCCAGCCACCUGUCACUGCAGAUUCUAGCCAGUACAGAAACAAAAAAAAGAGAAGAUAAUAGAUUUAAGUACACGAUGCAUGAAAGCUCUGCUCCAUUAAGAGCUAUUUGAACUGGAGUUAUUCUGUUCACUCUUAUGACAUGACCGCACUGACAGUGUUAGUUGUUUUCAUUGAAUACAUGUUUGUAAUCUGUUUUUCUUUACUAGCGGCGCUGCUGCAUCCAACCUUGAGCUCAAACCCAAUGCACUGAACUGUGAAACUGCACCAUGACACCUUAUUGUUUUAACAAACUUAUACAAGAAGCCUGGAUUCCCUUCAAAGCACCAAGACUCAGCCAAUACCUCUUAAUGUCUUCAAUGUUUUCUCAGGAUUAUUUGAUUGAACUGUUUGCGUCAUAGUCAAGUAAUAAUCUUCAUUUCCUUGUUGUUUAGGACUACAAAGAUUUCACUCCUCCAGAGGUGUAUAUAAAGCACACUACCUGGGAGGAUGUGUGCAUGUGGGAACCCUCACAUACCAAAGUCCAGGUUUGUGAUAUCCUUAAUAUACACCUAUCACAUCAAUAUUUAGAGAUUUACAGUGAGAAGAUUUGAAUCUUAAGUUUCUGAGACAGCAAAAGAAUGUGAAAAAGGUUCAGUGAUAUCAUUAAGACACUCUUUAAGAAUGUGUAGAGUCUAAGACUGUUAUGCCUAUGUCUGCAGGACUACAGAUCCAAGCCUUUCUGCUGCUCUGGCUGCCUCUUUUCAUCAAAGUACUUCUCUGCAUACAAGAGCCACUUCCGCAACGUCCACAGCGAGGACUUUGAGAACAACAUCCUGCUUAACUGCCCCUACUGCUGUUACAAUGGCAACAAGAAGACUCUGGAAACACACAUCAAACUUUUCCAUAUGCCAAAUAGUGCUGUGCGUCAGGGCACUGGUGGAAUGGUGUCAGGAGCUGGAGGGAUCAUGAUGAAGGACGGGGUGCUGAAGAGGACUGGGGACAGCGUGGAACAGGCUGUAUACUACUGCAAGAAGUGCACCUACAGGGACCCUUUGUACAAUGUGGUGCGAAAGCACAUCUACCGGGAACACUUCCAGCAAGUAGCCCAGCCCUACAUUGCAAAACCAGGAGAGAAGACAAAUGCUCAGAAUGGAGGCACAGCAGGAGCCCCAGGGAAUACAGAGGCCAAGACAAACAAUGUUAACAGUAACCAGAUUCACUGCAAGAAGUGUCUGUUUGUCCCCAGGACCUAUGAGGCGCUGGUUCAACACGUCAUCGAGGAUCAUGAGAGGAUUGGCUACCAGGUGACUGCCAUGAUUGGACACACCAGUGUGAUAGUCCCCCGUCCCAAACCCAUCCUCAUGAUCCCUCCCAAAACCCAGGGGGACAAAACCAUCAUUGGGAUGGGCCCUAAGGGUGCUGUAAUGGCCGCUACCAGACCACCUGGCACACAGCAGCUGGGUCGAGUUGUCAUCCCAUCAAAGACAGGCUUUAACUCUAGUCUUUUAUCCGGGCUCAAACACGAUGCAGUGAGAUUAAAAGCAGGGAACACUCAACCAUUUUCUGUUGGCAACCAGCAGGUUAGGGUUACUUUACCAGGCAAUGCCCAGGUCUCUAUGCCCCAGCAGUCCCAUGCAGCAAAGCAGCUUAUUCCUGGUGGAAACCUGCGGGGCCAAGUCGUGGUCAGUGCCUCUUCUUCUCUCAAAUCCAACCCCCUUGGUUCCCGUGUCCAAGCAGCAGCUACUACGGUAGCUUCUGUCACUGCAAAGAAAGGUGGCUCCUCAGUUCUUGGCACCUCUUACACCCAAAAGUGGAAAAUCUGCACCAUCUGUAACGAGCUCUUCCCAGAGAAUGUGUACAGUUCUCACUUUGAGAAGGAGCACAAAGCAGAGAAGGUGCCUGCUGUGGCCAACUACAUCAUGAAAAUCCACAACUUUACCAGCAAGUGUCUCUACUGCAACCGCUAUCUCCCCAGUGACACGCUGUUGAACCACAUGUUAAUCCACGGUCUGUCUUGCCCACACUGCCGUGCGACCUUCAAUGACGUUGAGAAGAUGGUGGCCCAUAUGCGGCUGUCCCACCCAGAUGAGAGCGUUGGCCCACGCACAGAUUCUCCCUUGACCUUUGACCUCACUCUGCAACAGGGUAGUCCCAAAAAUGUUCAAUUGAUUGUCACUACCUACAAUAUGAAAGACGCCCCUGAGGAGUCUGUGGCAUUUCAUGCUCAGAACAAUAACACCACCUCUGUCCAAUCAGCCUUGUCUGCUUCACUUUUAUCAGGAAAGAGGUUAAUGCCUCCACAUCCACCCAAAACGCCUGUAGCGACUGCUGACAGUGCACCAACGAAGAGCAUCCUUCAGGCAUCUGUGCCUUACAAGAGGGAUGUAGGCAAGACACUUUGUCCUCUUUGUUUCUCGAUCCUCAAGGGCCCGAUCUCUGACUCAUUGGCCCACCACCUGAGAGAGAGGCACCAGGUGAUUCAGACAGUCCACCCCGUGGAGAAGAAACUGACCUACAAGUGUAUUCACUGCUUGGGGGUUUAUACAAGCAACAUGACUGCCUCUACCAUCACGCUUCACUUGGUGCAUUGUAGAGGUGUAGGGAAAUCCCAGAAUGGGCAGGAUAGCCGGGCUGCUCAUUCUUCUCGUGUCAGCCAGAACCAGAGCAGCUCUCUUAAACGGCCCGGCUUUGAUAGCUCUGACAGUAGUGCACCAAAACGAAGGAGGCCUGGACCCCCUGGGGAAAGAGCCCACCCCAGGGAUUAUAAUGGUCUGCCGUCAUUUGUAGAUAACGCUGAUGAACCUGUAACUCUGGCUCUUGACCCCAAAGGACAUGAAAACGAGUCGUAUGAAUCCAGAAAGGCAUUUCUAACACAGUAUUUCAAUCGAGCGCCAUAUCCCACUCAGCGGGAGGUAGAGAAGCUAGCAGCCAGCCUAUGGCUGUGGAAGUCAGACAUCUCAAGCCACUUUGUCAACAAAAGAAGGAAAUGUGUUCAGGAAUGUGAAACCCAAAAUGCUAACGUGCUGCUAGGGUUUAGUAUGCAUGAACUCAGCAAAGUUCGACACGAGUUAGCGCUCAACCAGGACGACGUGUUCGAGGGCAGACAAAGGAAGAGGCGGACGUCUAGAGCACGUGUGGGGAUGUCAGAGCAGGCCCUGCAGAGACAUAAAGAGCUUGUUGCUGCUAAUGGUGGUAUGGCCCCAUCAAGAAAAGGACAGCCAGUUGUGGAAGGUACUAAAGCAACCUCAUCAGCCCUUGAGCCCAACAGUGCCAGCAGAGACCAAACCAAGACAAUCAAUAGCACCUUACCACAGAAAAUGCCUCUAGACCUUUCUGAGCCCAUUGCCAUUGACUCUGACAGCGAUGAGGAAGAGCAGCAGAGGGAUAACAAGGAACGAGAGGGAGCUGUACGUCUCCAUGGUAACCAACAGCUGACUGGAGCUAAAGAGAGAAGUGAGUCAAGGACAGGGGCUAAGAUAGUUUCAGAUCUAGAUGAUUUGUCAGACGAUGAUGACGAUGAGGAUGAUGACGACGAAGAUGAUGAUGACGAUGAAGACGAUGAGGGUGAACAUGUAGAGAACGGUUUCGGGCCCACAGAAAGCUCAGCAGGACUGUCUGCUAAAGGGAGAGACACUCUACCCAUCAUUAUUCCUAAGUUUGUACCAUCAUCUGCUCGAAGUGGGAGUGACAGAGCCCCGCUGGGCAAGCAGCAGGUCUGACUGACAAAAUCAAAAAAGGCUCACAGUCAGAGAGACACUUUAGGUUUGAUCCAUGCCAACAAAUCUGCCUCGCUCGAACUGAAGGGUAAAGCCUGGUUAUUCUGGGUGUUUGAGAAGGAGUUAUAAAAGACCUCAAUUUGAGUCAACUCAAAACAAGCCAUCCAAUGACAUUCAUAGGCAGGACUUGACACGCAGCUAAGAUUGAUGUAAAGAUUUGUAACAAAGGUUUAAUGUGUCUUCUCCAGCGUGAGGGGAGGCACAAAGAAAAAAAAAAACAAAGUUACACCAAACAAAUAGAAAGUUUUUUGCCUUCUAUAUACUUUGUUACAUUGAGAUAAGGACUUCUUAUUGUUGAUUUAGCCACUUAAUCUUGUAAUAGUGGCUCAAAUAUUGAUUUAUUGUGAGGUGAAGCUUUUGAGCUGACCUGAUAAUCCAUCGGUUUUCCUUCUACUGAGAUGGGUCAUGUAAAUUUGUACAGUCUUUUAGACGUGUUUGGACACAUGUUGCCGUACAUGUACCCUUAAAUAUUUGCUAUUACCUAUGUGUAAGGUAGCCUCAUGUGUUCUACAUUGGUAUGCUUAACGAUAGGUGUUGCUUUGGUGGCUGGUAUUAAUUUUUCACAUGUUUAAGUUUAUUUUUUGACAAAACUUAGUUUUUUUUGCAAAAUAAUAUAUCUAUAUAUAAAUAAAAUAAUAGAAUUGAAUUGAUUUUGCUCUUAACUUGAUUAGAUUUAUUUUUUUAAUUUUGACAUUUUUAAAAUUUUGGUUCUGACAGAAUACUGGCUACUGGCUUCACUUCAUCAUCCUUUUGCAGCCUUAUGCUCACUAGCCUUGACUCUACUGUUCUUGCUGUUCUCUGUUUUCAUAUUCUAGAGUUUAUUUGGCCCACAAGGCUGGACAGUUACCACCUUACUGACGUUCACAGAUGUGAAAGCCUUUUUUUUUUUCCAAAAAGAGAAUUGUGUUCAAUAUGUGUUCUUUGAAUUGUGCAUAUUUGUUUUUUUCCCAUUUUCCACUUUAAGCAUUUAUGAACAAUAAAGUGCUGUAAUUGUGCUUCACACUGAACUUAUGGCCAUGCCAGUCUUCUGUUCGAAGUGCAAACCCGAUUCCAGUCAAGUUGGGAUGUUGUGUAGAAUGUGAAUAAAAACAGUGAACAAUGAUUUGCAAGUCCCUUUCAACUUCUGUUCAGUAGGAUACACUCCAAAGGCAAGAUCUUAAAUGUUCAGACUUAUAAACUUUGUUCUUUUUUAGUUUAGUUUAGUUUAGUUUUCUAAGUAAUCACUCAAUUUGAAUUUGAUGGCUGCAGCAUGUUCCUGCAAAGCCGGGACAGGGUCAUGAUUAUUACUGCUGUGUUACAUCACCUUUCCUUUUAACAAUACUCAAGUGUUUGAGAACUGAGGACACUGAAAGCUUUGGAGGUGAAUUCUGUCCCAUUCUCGCUUUAUGGACCACUUCAGCUGCACAAAAGUCCAGGGUCUCCGUUGAAGUAUUCUGCACUUCAUAAUGUGCCACACAUCUUGGGAGUGGGAGACUAUGGGCACGAACACAUCCCCAGAACUACACAGAUACUGGCAUUCAAACUUUGACCUGAUAAUCUAGAUGGUCCUUUUUCUCUUUAGUCAGAAGGCAACCACAUCCAUGAGUGGACUCGUCAGACCACGGAAAACUUUUCCACUUUGGGUCAGUCCAUCUCUCAUAAUCUUGGGUCCUGAGAAGCUGGCGGUGUUUCUUGCUGUUGUUGAUAUCUGUCUUUGUCUUUGCAAGGUGGAGUUUGAACUUAUAGAUGUAGAGAUGAACUGGGGUAACUGACGAUGGAUUUCUGAAGUCCUCCUGAGGUAAAAUCUUUUACAGAAUGAUGUGGGUUUUUAAGCAGUGCUGUCUGAGGGGUCAAAGGUCAUGGGCAUUUAAUGUUGGCUUUGGGCUUUGCUGCUUAUGUGCAGAGAUGUCUUUGGAUUCUCUGAAUCUUGAGAUGGUUUUAUGGACUGUAGAUGAUCAAAUUUCUAAAUUCCUGCAGUUGUACAUUUAAAAACUUCGUUCUUAAACUGUUGGACUAUUUGCUCACACAUUUGUUGAUAAAGUGGUGAACCUAGCCCCAGCCUUGCUUAUGAAAUACUGAGCCUUUCAGGGAUGCUCCUUUUAAACCCAAUCAUGACCCUUACCGGUUUCCAAUGAAUUUCUUCACCUGUGGAAGGAUCCAAACAGGUGUUUUUGGAGCAGUUUCCCAGACUUUUGUUGACCCUGCCCCAACUUUUAAGGAACAUGUUACAGCAUCAAGUUCAAAAUGGGUGAAGAUUUGCAAAAAAACACGAAAUAUUAUCAGUUUGAACAUUAAAUGUUGUCUUUGUAUUCAGUUGAAUAUAGGUGGAAAAGUAUUUGCAAAUCACUGCAUUCUUUUGACAUUUUACACAACUUCCCAUCCUCACUGGAGUUGCGGUUUGUAACAGAGAUUGUGUCAACAUUACUGGGAUACUGAAUACAAUGCAGCUGCUACAAAAGGUUGGAGUGUAGUUGUGUGGAAAAUCUGCAACUUCAAAGUUUGAACAUCCUCCAUGAACUUGUCUUAAAACUACAAUAUGCUUAUCUGACCAAGUGAGAGUGCUUUACAAAGGCAGCACAAAGAAACAAAAUCAAACAGGCAGGUCGUAAAUUCACACAAGGCAAGGUCAAGACAUCACACAUCUGAGAAGCAUACAAUUCAUCGAAAAAAUCUCUGGAAAUAAAAUUCUUUUAAAAGAAUUCUGAUAACAAAUACGGGUAAAACUUCAAAUUCAGCUCAUAUUUUACAAAAGCCAAAUUCAAGCUUACAGCCAUUCAAAGGGAUAUUCCGGCAUUAAUUUAAGUCAUGGUCAAACACACCAUAACACAGAGGUUAGACAACCCCUGGAGAGAUGAGUGUUGCCGACUGCUUGCUUCCCUCCUCUAGCAGCCGCUUGUUUGUGGGAGAGCCAUGACAAGUUGAUCACCGAGUACAGCCGAUCAUUUCCUUGAAGUAAUAAUGAUCAUAAUAAUCAUUUUGCACUUCAGACGCGGUAGUUCUUCCGACUUCGUGUCUUGGUCUGAUUGCAUUUCCAUUAAGUAAUGAUCCUAAAUUUUUUCAUUGCACUCGCUGAUCGACUCACCCACUCUCCCCCACAAACAGGCGGCUGCUGGAAGAGAGUGGGUGAGUUGUGUUUAGUCUCUUUGCCAAAGAAACCAGGCAAAGCUAAAAAGAUGUUUGAUGGCUAGUACUAUGGCUAGGACCAUAUAUGCACUGUUGAUGAGGUUAGGUGCUGUUCUUAGCAUUAUUUGUGGCUAUAGAGUGGCGUUUUGGUUGAGGUUUGCGUGUGGGGAUGUGGAAAGCUGUGUAUUGCUAUCUUGUGGUCAUUACUAAAGUUGGUAUAACUAGAGAAGCAAGCGACAACUUUCAUCUCUCACAGGGUUAUGGUCUUGUGUUUGACCAUAACUUAAAUGUGUGCCGGAAAAUCCCUUUAAGGUAAAUAUAUGAAUAUUUACUUUGACCUCAAAAUAUGUAUAUGUAUGUAUAAUUUCAUUUCAUGUUCUCUGUGCUGUUAUUGUUUUCAUUUGUACUGCCCUUUACAAAGUCCAUGAGUAACAACAAAGUUUGAUGGUAUUCUCAUUUAUUGUACAAAGAAUGUAAAGUAUGCCAUCUCCAUGUAUCAAAAUGAUCCUUACCCCAAGUUAAUUGAAUCUUAUUUUAGGAACACAUAAAAUUAGGGAAUUGGAUAUUUAAUUUAUAAAUCAGGUGUUAGGUUUCAUGACACAUCCCUAUCCAUCAGCACAUCUUAAUGAGAUUUUAAAUUACUUUGUAAUUUGAGAAUACAGCAGGGAAUAUCGACCCAGGAAGGGACUCACCUUAACUUCUUUAAAUAUGUAAAAUCAAUGCAUAUAAUCUUCUAACAUCCCAAUGUAAAGGAUGCAUACUGACAAGAAAAUCUCCAUGUGGGAAGUGGAACUCAGAGCAACCAAAAGCAACCCUUAGGAAUAUCCAGCUAUUCACUGAAGCCAGAACUGAGCUGCAGUUCUUUCACAGUAUUAUCUCCCUAAGAUAGAGCCACACUAGGAUGUUAUCGAACAGAAAUUACACGUAAAGCAGUCAUAACAUGAACAGGAUAGCUCUCGAUUAUGUGCAGUUUAAUUAACUCCUUUUAGUAAUGUAGUCCCAAAAUACCGGUCAGGUGUAUAGUCUAAGCUGUAGCACCGUCAGCUGCCACUGGCCUGCUCCAAUAAACAGCUACCGUAAUAACGUUUUAAUGCUCUACCGCUUAGAUGUAAACAAGCACAGAUGAUAAAGCAGAGAGGGUCAAAGAGAGAGGUGGACAGAGGUCAGAUUGAUACAUGUAGUUGAAGCAGCUGGAAAGCAGACAGGUCCACGGUGAUCCAGAGGAACCUAUGACACGAUGGAGCUCAGUGACUCCCAGAGAAGACUGUGUAUGAGUGGCUCUAGUAGGAUAGGAUGAUUCAGAAUUAAUGAUACAGACAGAAAGAAAGAGGAUGGAGUGGGAGGGAAACUGAGGUCCAGCCCAAGUUCAUUAGUCAUAAAGGUCCUGUGUUGAAUGACUUAAAUGGGUUCCAUACAGGUUCUUAUAAAUGAAAUCAGGACCAUCAAGAGUCCAUGUUUUUUGUCCUCUUGGUAUGUCCAUUUCUCACCUUUGGUUAAUGUUGCCAGUGUUUUUGCUUACCAGUUUUUUGCCUAUCCACCAAAGCCACUCUGAGCCCAUUCUCCAUCAAACUCAAGGAGGCCCAAAUUGGCCUUAUUUGGAGGUGUUUCCUGAAUCCACCCAAUGUAUUUGAUGAUUGUCCCUUAAAGCAGACCAUUUUCAUAAAAAAGCGGAAUGUUCAAAGGUUAUUUGAUGCGUAGACCUACAUUUCCUCCUGGUGUCCAUGAGCAGUUUCAUGCCCCGAAUUCUUUAACAAGCCGCACGCUUUAACAGAACCUGGAUUGAUUGUUGGUGCGUCUGGGCACACAAUGAGGUGCACAAAAAGAUGAAACAGAAUAUGUGAUGUGUUUGUCAGAAAGCAUACAGUAUGUUCUCCUGUGUUCUGGAGCACAGAUACACUGAAUGGAGGCUGUCUGCGUAUUACUGAUCAGAUGGAGAAAAGCCUUGGUUAGAAAUAGAACGCUUGAUUAUUAACCCUUUGCUGAAGUGCACUAUUUGAUGAAAGGUACUCUGAGAGUAGUGAUCAAUCGGGUCUGACUGAGUUACAUUUAGUGAGUCAUGCUGUUCUUCCAUUCCAGGUAAAUUGAGUGGGAUCGGAUGAGUACAUUCACUUUAUAUAUUUUUACCUCCAAUAUUCAAUUAAAAUGCCAUCCUGCGCCACCCUGGGAUGAAGAAUCUAAAAUGGAGGGAAAUUACCCCAGCACAGGAGGGAGGGAGGGAGGGAUAGAGAGAGAGAGAGAGAGAGAGAGAGAGAGACAAGACUCUUCUUGGCUGGCUAUUCAGUGUUGCUAUGCUGCUGUAAGGAGUGAGAGAGAGAAAGAGAGAGGGAGGGAGAGGGAGGUAUGGAGGGAGGGAGGGAGGGAAGGAAUGGUGGGGGAGGCUGGAGGAGAGAGAGGCCUGGCAGACUGUGGGGGAGGCGGAGGCCUCAUCUGCAGUGCUGUGUGCAGAAGGAGCGCUUAGCAGCCUUUCAAAGGGGGGGAAGGGGGAGGGAUGGGGAAAGGAGCUAGGGGGAGGGGAGGAGAGGGGAGGGAAGGAAAGGGGGAGUCAGGGAGGAGAAGAUGAGAUGAGGAGAGAAGGGAGAGGGGUGAGGGAGAAUGGGGGAGGGAGCGAUGGGGGCAUAUGAGAGACGGGCAUCAGGGGGAGAUAGGAGGAGGAGAGAGGGGAGAGGAAGAAGUAAGGAGAGUAGGGGGAGGGGAGGUGAUGGUGUAGAGACUGGCGCCCCCUGUAGCUGAAGGAGGGAGGCAGAGGUCCUGGUGAGUGUGUGCUGUCAGACACAAAGAGGUGCACACUGCUGAGACAAAACAGCCCUCACACUUAAGACGAAGGGGCUGAGUCCUUAAACUAAACCACCAACCAAAGUUCAGCUUUUACCUCCGUCUGACCUGCAGUUGCCUCCACCUGAGCUGCAUCAGGAGGAUGUAGGUGCAAGACGAAAAAGGUGAAGAAAGUACAGGAGGAGAGAGAGAAAGAUAGAUCGGAGGAGUUAAGGUGAGGAACAUUGGAGAAGAGACAUGAAGAGGGAUCAAAGGCAGGUUGUAAUGCAAUAUUGACUGCUGUGGAGGUACUAAUGGCGCCCCCUGUAGGGAACAUGCAAACCUGGCAUGGGAUUUUGAAAGGGUAGGAAGGGAACAAAUUUAAGGUUUUGGGCGCAAAAUGUCACCAUGUACUUUGCAUCCCCUGAAUAUUGCAUGUUGCCAGAAGUCAUCUAGAUCAGAGCGUCACACAAACCAGGACAAUAACAACAGCAAGGGGACAACAGAGGAGGUGGAGAUGGGAGGGGAUGGGGGGAGAAUAUGGAAGGAAAGGCCUUGCAGACUGCUGGGGAGACAAGAGUCCUUUUCUGCAGAGAUGGGGGACAGAGAGCGAGAGAGAGAGAGAGAGAUGGUGGGUAUUAUCCCACUGCUGUCGCCUUCUGCUUUUAGGAGGCCCCGCUGCUUAUACACAGUGAAAAUGAUCCAUGGGAGUAAUAUGGUUAAACUGAAUCAUUCAGCAGGCAUGGGAAAGCAAGCAAAUCUUGGGGAAAUGAGGGGAAAGGAAAAGAAAGCAGAGCCAAUGGUGAAAUGUUUCAGACAAAAUUCAUUUGUACGAUCAAAGAGACUAGGACAUGGCAGAAAAAAAACACGAGGACAAGACAUUGAAAAGAGAAAGUAGUGCAAAGAGACGUUGCUAUUCUGGUAAACAAUUUCAACACAGCACUUGAGAGCACAUGAGUACACAGUGGAAGCUUCCUUUUGUGCUUUACCUGGACAGGGUCAGGGUUAAGAGAUCCUCUGAAAUCAGAGAGCAAGGCAGAUUCAUACAGACUUCAUGUUGCACAUAAGUGAUUCAAAAACUUUUUGGCCUGUAACCCUGAACUCGAAAGUCUUUAAUAUUCAAAUAGCAUACAUUUAUGAAAAGCUGUGAUAUGUUAGUAUUUUAUCUCAAAUGCACAAUCAGAAUGGAAAAUUGACAUAAUGACUAUUUGUCUCUUAUUCUAAGGUUUCCCUCGAGGGUAUAUGCUAAAUCCUCUACAAUCAAACUAACUGAGAAAGGUAGACAGGGCUGAUUUACAAUAACACCAACCUUGGUUUGAGGCAGCUCUCAACACAGUCCUGCUGUCUUUUAUAUGAAUAAAGCCUUAAGAUGAAUAUGCCCAGCAUCAAGACCACAACAAUACAAAACUUGUUCUAAAAUAAUAUUGGGAAAUCAUAUUAGUAAUGUGGCUGAAUUAAAAAGAAGACAUUUAUGAGGAGCUGAGCACUCAGAAGUAAGGUUCAGCACUUUUUGAGAGACUGUAAACAAAUAGUUAAUCAUUUUCACAAAAAAAGUGUAAAACUGCAAAAGAUUUGGGAGAUUUCUUCAUUUGCAGUACACGAAACCGUGCUCAGAAGUACAGAAGAGACAAGGCUGAAAAUCAUUACUGAAUGACCUUGAGCUUCCAUCAGGUAGCCCUGCAUUAAAAGCUGACACAACUCUGGAGUGGAAAUCACUGCAUGGACUUAAAAUCACGUCCAAGAACCACUGACUGUGACUUCCACAAAUGCGGGUCAAAACAUGCAAAGAGAAAACCAUGUUUAUGUAAAUCUGGUCCAAAAAUGCUGGUGACUUCUCUGGGCCUGAGUCCAUUUAAGCAGCUGGAUGCCUGGAUCCCUCUGUAAGUCCUCCUCAUCAUGGGCAUUCUGAACCUGCACCCUGCAAGUAAUGUGCAUUUAAAUCGAGAAGGGUGCACUGAUUUUGAGAGCUGAAUUCAAGGUGUACUUGUCUAUCAUGGAAGAAACACUGUACAUUUAUGUCCUAGUUAUCCUGCUACCCAGUAACCAUAUCUAGCUCAUUUCUCCUUUAUACAGACAACACCUCCCCCAAUCCAAAUUCAGACAGAAAGGAUGACUUGUUUCCAGUUAUCAGUUUACCUUUGCUUGUAUGGACUUGAUCACAGCAGGCUAAGUAAGCUUGCCCAGAUGCCCCCCAUCCCUGACACUGCUUCCCACCCGGGAGAUCCCCAAGGUACCAAUGAUGUGAAUUAGAUGUGAAAUCCCUCCAGUGUGUUCUGGGCGUACCCUGGGGUCUUCCACCAGUUGGCAUUUGGAAAAUGUCCAAACAAAAGUACCCUGGAGGCAACCCAGAAAGCUGCCUAAACCACCUCAACAGGCUCUUAUAGACGUGAAGGAACAGCAGCUGUACUCAGUGUGCUGUAGGGUGUUCUCUAUACUCUGUCUUUAGGGGUAACUUCAGACACUCUGAAGAAGACACUCAUUGUGAUUGUAACCCAAGGCUAAUGACUCUGGGUGUUGGAAUAUAUUUGAGGCAAAUCAAAGCUUUGCCAUUCUCGGCUUCCCCUGCAUGCAACACUUUUGCCAAUCCAUCUCAACACACAAGGCCUUUAGAUUCUCCAUUUGCCAAAACUUGUCCUGUCCCAUCUGUAAAAAAAG